AUGCACUCAACCACCCGUCAAUAUGACUCGCUCGAUGGGGCAUCGAGAACGGAAUCCGACGUUGAGCCCGCCCUCCCACAUGAGGAACAACCUCUCCUAUCUUCAGAGGAAAUCUGGAAACCACCAAAGGGCUUCCUCUGGAUCCAGAUCGCGAUUAUGUCCAACGUUUUCCUCUCUGGCUUCGACGGCACUAUCACCGCGUCAACCUAUGCCGUCAUUAGUUCGGAAUUUAACGCUGCCAACACCGCCUCAUGGCUUACCACGUCGUACCUAAUCACUAGUACUGCUUUUCAACCUCUUUAUGGUCGCUUUUCCGAUAUCUUUGGACGGCGUACCUCCUUCUUUACGGCAACCAUCACCUUCAUGGUCGGUUGUAUUGGCUGCGGCAUUGCCAAGGAUAUCGUACUUCUCAAUUUGAUGAGAGCAUUGACUGGAAUCGGUGGGGGUGGUCUGAUGACUAUGGCCACCAUUGUCAAUUCAGAUCUGAUCCCCUUCCGUCGUCGCGGCAUGUACCAGGCCCUCCAAAAUGUUAUGCACGGUUUCGGUUCUAUCUGUGGCGCAUCCCUUGGAGGCUCAAUUGUUGACACUAUCGGGUGGCGAUGGUGCUUUCUUAUGCAGGCUCCCGUUGGACUGCUCGCACUAAUCACAGGUCAUCUGGUAAUUCAUCUUCCCAGGAAAGCCGAUCUUAUCGAACCGGGUCAGGGCUUCAGAGCCAUCUGGCGACGAAUCGAUCUCUCUGGUGCAUGCGUUCUUAUUCUAGGCCUCUCCAGUCAGUUGGUUGGAUUAAGCUUGGGCGGAAACGAUUUGCCCUGGUCUAACCUAUGGGUGAUUCUUUCACUCGUUGCAAGUGUGAUCCUUUUAGGUGCUUUCGUGGUUAUUGAAACAAAGACGUCCGCGAUCCCGCUGAUUCCUCCGAGAAUGCUGCAAGGUCUCCUACCUAUUGCUACCCAAGUCGCUAAUGUCUGUGUCGGAAUGGCGGCAUAUGCAUUCCUCUUUACGCUCCCAUUGCUAUUCCAAGUCAUUCUCUUGGAUUCUGCCGCGAAGGCUGGUGCGAGACUGGCGAUCCCGUCGCUCGCGACCCCAGUGGGUGGCGUUAUCUCCGGCAUUGUCAUGUCCCGCUGGGGAAAGCUCGCCCAACUUGUACGUGCGGGCGCUUUGCUGAUGUGCAUCGGAAACGUGUUGGUGAUGUCACUGCAAUUCAACGACGCUGGCUGGAAGUACUUCACGUACGUAAUUCCAGCAAGCCUGGGGCAGGGUAUCGUGUACCCUGGGAUUCUGUUCACGUUCCUUGCCGCAUUCGACCAUUCCGACCACGCUGUGUCGGCAUCCACGGUGUACCUGGUGCGCUCGCUCGGCACCGUUUGGGGCGUGGCGAUCACAUCCACGAUUAUACAAAAUACAUUGCGCUCAGGCCUCGCUGAGGCCUUGAGUGGAGUACCAGACAAAUGGAAAAUUAUUGAUGAUAUUCGACACUCGGUGUCGGCUAUACAUGAUCUACCUCCCGACAUUCAAAUGGCCGCCAGACUAGUAUAUUACCGGGGCAUCCGACUGUCCUUUAUGGCUUCGGCUUGCUUUGGGUUUGUCGCUACUAUCGCAGCACUUUUCACUAAGGGUAAAGGGCUACACCGUGCGACUAGUGUAAACCCUAAAGUCGACUCCAUCAAUCGUCUGCCCCAUUGGCCUAGCGUAGACAAUAUGGGAGAAAUUAUGAGUAAACAAGAUCUCAAACCCAACCAUGACCUCUCCACUCCCUCUAUCGAACUUUCCAACGGCCAAGUCGCCGUAACAGGCCUUCCCAAUGCGCCGAUGAAACAGAACUUUAGCAUACUCAGCAUCAUCGCGGUAGGUUACAAUAUCUCCAACAGCUGGGUUGCCAUCGCGGCCAGUUUCGCCAUCGCCAUCCAGUCCGGCGGGGCUGUGACCUUGCUCUAUGGGAUCAUUCUCGUUUCCGCCGUUAUGCUCUUCCUCCUUUCAAUAUCCACUUUUCUCGCCAUAACAGUUACCUGCCCCGCUCGCUCCUCCGUCCAAAUAGACUCAGCACACGUCUGGACACAAUUUGCUAAUGGAUCCGGCGGCUGGCCAGAUGGUAUCUCCUUCUUGACGGGUCUUUCCACUCCUCAAUUCAUGCUUUCUGGUCUCGACGCCACGCUCCAUCUCGCUGAAGAAUGUCUUCAACCGGAACGCAUUGUUCCCAAAGCAGUUAUUGUAACUGUAAUCGUGGGGUUCUUGACCGCAUUUCCCUUCUCUGUCGCCAUAAUCUACAGUUACAAGGAUGUGGAGCUCUCCCUCACAACUCCAACUGGGUUUCCUAUCUACUUUAUUUGGGAAAAGGCCACACAUUCCCCAGCAGCCGCGACAAUCUUCAUGGCCUGCAUGCUCACUAUAUCCUGUGUAGCCCUAAACGCAGUACACCAAACCUCAUCCCGACUAACAUGGUCUUUUGCCCGAGACGAAGCGCUUUUCUACUCGCAUAAGUUAGCCUCUGUUAGCCGUACACUCGGGGUACCUGUAUACGCGAUCCUUCUUGAUGGAUUAUGCGUUCUGCUACUGGGAGUUGUUUAUGUUGCAUCUUCCAACGCAUUCAACGCCUUCAUAAGCACUACAGUUGUCGUCGCGCAAAUAUCCUACGCCAUCCCCUCCGCGCUUCUUCUGUACCGUCGUCGCUCGGCGGAUUACCUCCCUCCAUCGAGGCCAUUCAAACUAAUGAAUGCAAUUGGUUACAUUGUCAACAUCGCAACGAUUGUGUGGGCUGUUGUGUUGACUAUCUUUUUCUCGUUUCCAACUGUCUUACCAGCUACAGGCGGGAAUAUGAACUACACUUCCGUGGUACUUGUUGCAAUGCUAGUUCUUGGGGUCGCAAACUGGUUUGCAUAUGCACGGAGGCAUUAUCAUGGGCCGAGAUUAGAACUGUGA